UUGGUCCAGGAGGAAUCUUCUCCCCUCCACUUUAAGAAAUUCAUUAAGAUUCUCUUCAGAGAGUGUAUACAAAUAGAGCAGUACUUCUCAAAGAGGUUAAUCACUGGAAACCAGGAAACUGUUCUUGCUGUUUUCCCCCAUGACAUUUGUUUAGUGUGGCUCUUAACUCAAAAUCUGAGAUUUGAGGUGUAAUCCUUAAUGGUGAAUAGUCCCUCAACUCAUAGGGUAUCUUUUGGUGUUUGCUGACUGGAUAAGCACAAUAAUCAAGUUUCCAGCGUGAAUAGCUCCAGAAAACGAAUCUUAAAAUUGUUUUCCUAGAGGCUGAGUGUGUGUGCUUAAACCAGCUUGCCUAAAUACUUAGGGAAAGUGAAUGUAAUGUGUGUGAACAAGGCCACCCUGAAAUUAUUUAAAGAUUCUAAUGAAUGCUUGGAAAACUUUUUUUUUAAAAUAGUAUUUGCCUAACACUAAUAAAUCCUUUGAAUCAAGCCCUGUGAUUUAUUUUACGGAUAACAUUCCCAGUAGCAUUUUAUCUCCUGAAUAAAGACAGCUAGCUUCCCUUGAGUGGUAGGGGAAUUGGCUAUUCAGCCUGUGUCUAUUCCUCAUUCCAGCCCCACACCCACUCCAGCCACAGACCUGUUCCCCACCCAUUUGUCUGCGUCGGGUGAAAUCUGAAAUGUUAUGCACACACAGAGCUCUGAGCGAUGUCGCUUUCUCUUUUCUUUUCUGCUGCGACGAUAAAACACCGAAAGCUGCGAGAAAUCCCUUCAGAAACGGAAGCACUUAAGAUUGCUAAACCAGGUGCAACCCCCUAGGCCGAUCUUCGACGCAGGGCUUGGCGCUUUGCCUCUGCCGGCUGUUCUGAGCUGAAGUUGACGAUAGAAAUUCGUAAUACAAUUUCCAGUGCCUGGACAUGACGUCUUCUUGCAAUAAGUGGAGAAACCCCUAGAGGUGACUAUCUGAUAAUCUCUCUCUCUCAGCCCCAGCGAAUUAAAUGCUGAAGUCAAACAGCAACGUGGGGAGAAAGCUCUGCCCUUAAUUGUACCUAUUUCAUCGAAGCCAGGGGGGGCUAUUUUCGUUCGUGUACCCUCUUUCCUCGGUACCUGGCUAAAGGCAUAGGUUUUGUUUCUCGAGUUAAAAAGGUUUAUUGGUCCUCAUGUGCUCACUGACUAAAGACCGAGGUCCCUCCUGCCAAUUUGGUGGCCUUUGCAAAUCGCCAGCCUCCUCGCUGCUUUUAGGAGAGAAAAGAAAGCCCGCUGGCGUCGGUACAGAUGCUGUAGGUCUCUCUCCCUUGUAAAACGAGAGCGGGCUGCAGAGCCGGGGGCCAGGGCAGGAGAACGGGGGCUUCGUGCCCGCAACGAGCGUUCCAGGAGCGGCGGACCCAGAGCGGCUCGUCCUACGUCGGCCGGAGGGAGUUUGGCCAGGCUCUGGCGGUAGGUGCACGUGCUUCGCUUUUCCGGGAUAUUCCUCCCCCCCCCCCCCCCGGGGGCUGGGAGUUCGCGAAAACUGACCCUGCCCUAACGCGGAGAAGCUCCGGCGGGGUAGCGUGAAAGAGACGAAGGAACCCCUGCCGGUCGCCUGCAAGCGCGCGCCAACCAUCCCCACGGCACGCGGUGCCCCCCGCAGAGACUGUGCGCCGCAAGGAGGAGUGGUAGCUGCCGCCUCCGCCUCGCCUGUCUCUUGCGCGCUCGCACCUUCUCCCCCACUGCCCGUAUAAAGGGGAAUCCGCUGGCCCUGGAUAAGGGGGGAGGAAGCGGGCAGAUCGCUUGCUCCGGGCGAGUUUGCCCAGAGGAGAAGAAAAAGGGAAAGUUCGUGUCACCCCCCCCCCCCCCCCCCCAGGCUGGAGCGAGCAGACUGGAGCGGUCCUGAAGCGCACGCUCGGGGGCGGUGGGUUUAGGCUAAACCCGCGGCGGGAGGUCGGAGGAGAGCCACGCAGGCUGCCGGGGUGGGCACAGCGGGGGGCGCACGCACGCCUCCCCCCCCCCCCGGCGCUCCCCUUCACUGAGCGACAUGCCCUGUGCGUGCGCGGGAGCCUGCUGGGGGGAGGGAGGGAGCCAGGCGCAGGCGCACCGCCCGCCCGUCUGCAGCCCGGGCGCUCUCAGUGCAGAUCCCGGGGAGCUGAUGGCAGCAGCGCGGCGCAGCCACCCGGCGGGGAGCGGUGCGCGGCGGAGCCCUGAGCCCAAAAUGUGCGGGGAGGACGACGGCGGCUGCAGCAGCUCCGGGAGCCCGAGGGCCGGGGCCGGGCACCCGCUGCUUACCCAGCUCUCCUGACCUGCAUGCCCCCUCCCCACACAUCGCUCCCCCAAAGAAUGUCAGCCAAGUCCAAGGGGACCCCCGCCUCCUCCUCGCCACCCCAGGGGCCGCCCGCAGCCUCCAAAGCCAAGGUGAAGGAACAGAUCAAGAUCAUCGUGGAGGAUUUGGAGUUAGUCCUGGGGGACCUGAAGGACGUGGCCAAGGAGCUCAAGGAGGUGGUUGACCAGAUUGACACAUUGACAUCUGACCUGCAGCUGGAGGAUGAGAUGACAGACAGUUCCAAAACUGACACGCUGAACAGCAGCUCAAGCAGCACAACAGCGUCUAGCUUGGAGAAAGCCAAAGUGCGUGCUAAUGCACCUCUCAUCAAGCCACCAGCACACCCAUCUGCCAUUCUCACCAUACUGAGGAAACCCAAUCCACCUCCACCUCCACCACGGUUGACUCCUGUAAAGUGUGAAGACCCUCACAGGCCUGUUCCUUCUGCCAACCCUGUAAAGACUAAUGGGACCCUACUUCGAAAUGGAGGUUUACCAGGAGGACCAAACAAGAUUCCUAAUGGGGAUGUAUUUUGCAUACCUAAUAGUAACUUGGACAAAGUUUCAAUGCAUCCUCUGAUUCAUAGACCUGAUAAAGACAGGUGUCCUCAGACAGGAACACGGGAACGGGUACGAUUUAGUGAGAAAGUGCAGUACCAUGGCUAUUGCCCUGAUUGUGACGUUCGGUAUAACAUUAAAAACAGGGAGGUCCACUUACACAGCGAGCCCGCCCACACGCUGGGAAAGCUUCCUCACCAAUGUCCUCCUUUACCGCCGCCUCCUCCCCCUCUCCCUCCAUUUCCUCUAGAAAAUGGAGGGUUGGGCAUGAGUCCCAGUAAUAGCUUUCCCUCUCUCAGACCUGCGACUGUGCCUCCACAAACUGCACCAAAACCCCAGAAGACCAUCUUGAGAAAGUCAACCACUACAACAGUGUGAUGUACGCCACUUGAAAAACUGUUUUUUUCCUAUAUAUAAACAUAAACAAAUAGGUAAUGAGCACUUUCUACUCAAGCAAUAAAAAGCCCAAAAAUAUUACAUCCUGUAUUCAGCGAAGCAGCAUAAAAUUCAUAUGCUCCUUCAGGCUGGAAGGAAUAUCUACAUUUGGAGGCAUGUCAGUUAUUUCUUUGAUGUCGGAUUAGUCAUUGGGACUUCUUGCAGGCCAGAUCUGAUGAAAGUAACCAGGAACCUGACCCUCCUUGGAGCAUGGAAGCCCUUAGAGUCAGAGCACAACUAAUCACUGGUGUAAUCUGCAUCAAAUCAUCUGCCUCAGAUUUGACUGCUAUGAGCUGAGCCCUGAUAAAAGCCACAGCCUUAAAUUCUGUUCACUCAGAAAGAAUAAAGACUAAAUACCUUGCCCCAUACAGAAACAACUGUCUCCAAGCCUGACACUUAAGGAGUUCAGUACUGAGCAAUUAGAGUAAUAAACAAUAAAUCAAUCUAUCACGCAGUCCAGCCAGCAUCCAAAAAAGUAUGUAGCCAAAAGGAAACUAAGCACUUGAGCGAUUGCAGGAAAAGCAAUGCAUGUACAACAGAGGAAUAUUGAUAUUUGUGGGGAAAGAAAACCUCUGCCAUCCCUUGUACAUAUUCAAAGCCAUAGAAGAAUGGAGCAUCAGUGAUGCUCAAAUGCUUUAAAGGAUGUUGUCUCCUGUUCUCUAGGAAAUCUGAAGAAAAAAAAAAGUUAGCUGUUACAGAUUGCAUCUCAAUGCACUUCUAAUAUUUGCACUGUCACUUCCAUUCAGGGCAAUGUGUGCCAUCAUUUGCACAGAUGGUCCCAUGAGAUUUUAGACCGCAACAAGCUGUAUCUUGCAGGGGCUCCAAAAGGAAGUAAAAAGCUGAAGAAAAGGAAUGCUCUUACAGGGAGGAUUUCUCCCCACAGAAAAAUAGUCCUUAAGAUUAAAAAAUUAUAUGAAAAAAGCAUCAACAUGAAAAAGUGGAUUUAAAAAGGGAUCCAAUAUUUUUUUUAAUGAAAUUCAUUUUAUAUCAUAGUAACAGCCAAGAGAUUGAGCCUAUUGAAACUAUACACCCAGAAUGUUCCUGUUGGACAUUAGCCGUGUCCUCCUAGAAAAUAUUAAAGAAAAAAGUCAUUUGUAAUAUGUAUUUGACAUACUUUUUAUAGCGAUUUAUCUAUGCUUCAUGGAGAAAUGUAAAAGACAAACAGCAUUUUCAGUUUAUUUUUCUAAAUAAAUGUGUUUGUAUUAUUUGCAGUCACUUAUUUUAGAUGGUUUUCAUUACCCCAAAAAAAGGAUUUAAAGAUGGAACCAAAACACAGCAACUGUUUUGCCAUGUUAAAUCAUAAUUGCAGACUGAAAGCUUUAAUAUAAAUAAUAUAAUUUGUAAAGUUAAAGUAUAUUUAUACUGGCAAAUAUGUAUGGAAAACAAGGAGGUAUUUUAACUCUUAGUUUCAGUACAUAGAUUUUGAUAGUCACAUGAAUGAAUGUGCAGUUAUACAAUUGGUACAGGGGUUUUUUUUCCUGUAAUGUGUUGUAACAAAAGAAGAUUUAGAUGCCUAGGAAUUCAGAGAACAAUUCUAAUGUUCAAGAUUUUCCAAAAUUACACAGUCUCCUUGUCAAGUGAUUCAUUUCAUCCAGAAAUCACUUUUCAUACUGUAACAUACCUACAAGGCCAUUUAAAGAUGCCGCUAUUUGGUCAGGAGGAAUUUGGAAACUUAAGGGGCAACAGAAAUUGAUUAGUCACCCACAGAUUUCAUUUAGGAACAGUCAUUGUAUCUGUCUAAUGGAGUAUUUUGUCAUUGAGUUAUUGAACACACUUAUUCUAGAGCUGUUUUGAAUAAAAAUAUAUUUUCCUUUUCUUCCAUAAUCUUCUAGCGUGUGUAAUUUUUAGAGAAAAAGCGAAUCAUGUGAUAUCAAUUCUCUUACUUUAAUCAGCUUUAAUCUAAACAGGCUUUUCUUUAUUCCCUUUGCUCUUGAGGAACAUACUAAUUAAGUGUUCAGUAGGGGAAAGUGUUUUCAAAAAUGAUUUCCUC